UGUCAGUGAGUCACAAUUUAAGGGUCGAAGUUGAAUUAGAAAGGAAGGGUUAUACAUUAGCAAAGUUAAUAAUUACCACUUUGAUUUAUUGGUAGAGUAAUCGCGAUCUAGUAGUUGUUAAUUAUAUUACAAGCUAAAUGGUGUCUAAUAGAGCCUGCUUGUAAAAUGUUUUACAGCCCGAAAUCACUGUCUAGUUAAGUAGUAAGGGAGCGAUAGUGUUUAAAAAAAAGUGUUAAAAUAAUUACUGCUAUUCUGAUGUGUCUAACGUUACUAUCAUCUAGGUCUAAGCUGUUCAGUAAAUUAUACUGAAGCUUGUUUCUUUCCACUGCUUUAUGGGGCUUAAAUUUUGAAAAUGCCAUUAUUGCUUUUUCACGUUGUAGAAAAUACAGUAAAAGUUUUACAGUGCCAAUAUUAAUUAUGCACGUUCAUUUCCAGUCAGAUACUUGAGGCAAACAUUAAUUCAGCUAAUGUGAUGAGAAAAUAAAUGAAAAGGCUUGUUACAAUAGGGUAUGUAGGCGGAAGGGCCAGUUUAACCACAGACAUCUGGGAAAUGUCACAGCCGUCCCCGGUACAGAUUAAGGAAGCAAAUGCUCACCUGGCAGCAGUUCAUCGGCGAGUGGCUGAGCUAGAAAAGCGUCUGGCAGCCACAGAAAACACUGUGAGGGAACAGGCAGAAAGCCUGAUAAGAAAGGACGACCAGCUACGCACUACUGUUCGAGAAAUCGUAGAAAGUAAAGACAGGGAGAUUGCUAGUCUACAGCAGAAACUUUGUGAAACAGAAGAUGAUGUUCUGAAGUUGCAGAAUAUAAUUAAGGAAAAAGAUGGAGUGAUUUCACAGCUACGACAUCAAAGUCAUUUACUGAAAAAAAUUUGCAAGAGCAGGCCUCUGCUAGACAACCUUCUAUCCUACAUGGCUGAAGCAGAAAGAUUAGGUGACAUCCCUGGAACUGAAAUGGAUACAGUUUCCUCCCUUCAGGAUGGAUUUCUGGGCACAAACUGCAGCUUGAACAUUAUGUCAAACAACAGAGAUUUCUCUCUCAGUGAAGAUGACACUGAAGACCAGGACCUGGAUGAGACAAUAUUUGGAACCACAGUAUGAAACCCAUAAGCCAGUUAGAAAUGAGAGUGCCUGUUGUUUAAAGUUAGUGUGCAGUAAUGUAAAAACUGCAGGUAAUUAAAACAAUACAAUCAAUUAAAGCACUAAACCUUGUUGUAGGAGUUGUGCCAGAAAUGGCAGGGACUUAGGAAGCCUGUAAAACUGAUGCAAUACAUGUUUUAAAAAAUAUUUGACCACGGGGUAUCUGCUAAGCACCGUCACUUGUGCCGUCGUUUAGUAUAGGCUUAGAGGAAAAUUGUAAACUUUGAAAAGUUCAUAUUGAUUUCUGAAAUUCACCAAAGAUGAUACUUUAACCUUUUUUUCCUGAAAAUCGUGUUCAUUUGGGGGAACAUGGUCAUUUGGAUACUUUACCAGUAAACUGCUGUUGAUGUUUUUUCUUUCUUAAAUUUUCUAAGCGGAGAUCAUGGAAAACAAAUGGAAAGAUAUGGAAUCAAUCCUCAGCAUUGAGGGUCAGUCCUCAGCAAUGAGGGUCUUUUUUUUUUUUUUCAAACUUAUAUUUUGCAGCUACAUGAGAGAGAGAGACUGCACUUUGAUGCUUUUUCCUCUUUUACACGGGCACACUCGUACACCUAUUAAUUUUAAAAACACAUCUUAUGUGCUGCUCAGAAAAGCAAAAUGUGAUGUUUUGCAUCCUCAACAAAGUCAAAUAGAAGGGAAACAUUAGUGGAAGUCAAACAUUAUUGGUUGUUUUUGAAAAUGUUAUCCAUGUCCCUGCCUUUUUCCUAAUUUAAUGUAAGCAUAUACGUAUCAUGUAGUACCACUACUGCAUAUUAAAUAGUCCAUUUGCAGCUUUUAUGCUGAAAAGUGGCAGUUCCUAGAUGUGUAAUCAAUAGUUGUGAAUGUGUGCAAGCUAAACACUAAUCAGCCAGAUUGCAUUUAAGUUAAGUCAUGGAGUUAUGAGAUUGUACGAGUUCACCUUUCAGCCUGAAAUGGCUGCUAGCUUAAUUUCAUUUUGCCGAGUUACUGUCUCUACUGUUUCUUUGACUCGCAGAGUUGCUUACAGGUUAAAUAUUAAUGCUGUGUAUAGCUGAUUUGCAAUUUUUUCCCCCUAUUUUUCAUGAAAAACAAAUGAUGGUCUCACCGUGAUAGUGUUUUACCAUAGCUGAAUAGAAAUUAAAGGUGGCAAAGUGGUCUCUCACACUUUACACCAGCCAUCUAACAGCUAACUAACCAAAUCAAAUGUUCCGGGUCACUUCUUAAAACCCACUUGUACCUAGUGGGGCUUUCCCAGUUAACGAAAGUUACAACAGGUAAAUAGUUUGUCAUUAAUUAGAACUUUGGAGAUUUUUUUUUAAAUGAAAAUAUCUACAUUUGUAUAGAUUCCUGAACAGAUGAACAAAUUAAUUUUUCUUAAAACCCAGUUUUACAAAAACAUGUCAGUUUAACUUGCGUAUGGGAGACAUUAUGUAUAUUUUUAUCAAACUGAAAUGAUGGUAACCCAAAACAAAAUAACAUUCAGAUUAUCUGUGUGUGAUGGAUUUGGAAAGCAUCAGUCACACAUUAUUGGCCAGAGAGUUUCUCAGCAGAACCUCCCAUACCCCACCCCCACCCCCAAAAAAAAAAUUCUUCAGGGCUUUUCAAUUUUGUUUCCACCAACCCCACCCUCCCUUAUGGAGAGGCUAUAAUACCCACACAUUUUCUAAAUAUACUUCCCUUCACAUCACCUGCAUACCACCAGUAGAUAAAAAUACAUUGCUUUAUCUGGGUGUAGUUCACUGAGGAUCUCUCUAAUGGUACUGUGUCGGCCAUUUUGACAUACCUUGAAAACAAAAUGCUUCCCUCUCUGCAUUCCUUUUUGCAAUUGUAAGUUAACUGAUAGAGAAAAUGAAGUAUAAGCUCCCUUCAGUUACUUAGAUUCUGAAGUUUGUUCUUUUCCUGGAGACUUGUUAUUGGUUACAACAUGUCAUUCAUGCAUACUGAUUGAUACAGUUUCAUAAACAGUUAUGGCAGAAGUAUAAGCAUUCUUACUCUUUAAAAUCGACAAAAGAACCUCAGAGAUAGUUACUUAAAGCAACAGUGUUUACCAUUAUAGCAGGUACUUGCAGUAGGUUAAUAACAUAUGCCUUGUAAAUUACCAUUCUGUUUUUGUUGUUCUGCAUUUGUUUAAUUCCAGAAUCAAGAUAAGUUUUAAAAUGUAUUCUCCAUUGCAGCAUACACCAUAAGGACAAACAAAAUGCCACAUUAGACGGACGUGCGUUUACUAUAGGGAACUUGUGCUAGUACCAUCAGAUAUAUUAAGUCUCAAAUUUAAAUGCACCAGUCAUGUAAAGUACAUGUCUACUCUCUUUGAAAAAGAUUGACAGUUGCAGUAAAUGGUAUGAGAAUUUAACAAUGUUUAGUCAUCACCUUACAAAGCAAAAAUGUUAAAAGUUCAGUUUGAUAGUAUAAUAAGGUACAUGUUGAUUUCUUCUGAAGUGAGAGAGGAAAAAAAUAUACUCUUGAAAACACUCUGUAAUUUUGCAGACUUCUGCUGUUGCUCUUCUAGAGUUUUCUUCAACUUGUUACAUUCAUGUUAUAUAAAGCAGAAGUAGUGGUCAUUGGAUAAGUAUGAAUGUAUUACUCAAGCUAAUUAGUACCAUUUGCUGGACAAUACCUUUGACCUUUUGUUUCGCUUUACUGUAGAUUGUUUUGGAGGUUGUACUUGUUUACUGUAAGUUUUGGGGUGCUUAAUCAACCUUUUCUAUUGGAGGAUUAUGCGUGUUUUGCACUGCAUAUCAAUCAUAGGGCUACAACUUUGUGAGCUUAGAAGGUAGGUGGCCAAUAUUAAUAAUUGGCUUAAAAAUAGGUCGAAGUCAAAAACAGUAACCUUUAAUGGCAUUGUGGAUGCAUGGCUGCUGUGAACAUUGCGUUCUGUAUGGACCUUUUUUUGAGCCUGAAGUGCACUGUUUUUUGCAACUUCAGGAGUAAGAGAACUUCUGUGCAGAUUCCCAGCAUCAUGAAUGAUGCUUUGGUUUAAAACAUGUUACUGCAUAAUGUUGUAUAGCGAUACUGCUGAGAUGUGCUAUGUAUGUGAUGAAGGUUUCAGUAUUACUGCUCACUAGUACUAUGGUAAUAGAAUGAAACCUCUUGGUCAGAGUUACUGUCGUCAGACAAGCACCUUCCACUACUUGUUUUGUCAUAGUACAGGAUUAAUAACACAGCAAAAGAAGACUAAACACCCCAUGGAGCGGAGCAUACAUUACCAACAUAUGUGCCAUAUUUGAGGGAAAAAGGGGAAACAAAGCCACCAUAAUGCAUUGCCACCAUUUUAGAGGAUUCUUCACAGUCACUAUUAAUUGUACCUUCCACAUGGGUGAUAACAGGUCAAAAAAAGUUGUCACAGAGUUGGAGUUCUUAGAAAAUACUUGCUGCAAAAGCCUGGACUUAGAAAAAAGAGCUAGCGUAUUAAGUAGUUAAACUGAUAAAACAGGUAGUCACUGCAAACACACACCAUUUACUGUGCAAUUUUAAUAUUAUAGGAACUAAAAUUAAAUACAUUAAAGUCACCUAUUCUUUUGGUCACCACUUGAAAUAGUUCUGUCACAGUCAAUUGUUUCAUUGGUCACCACUUCCAUGAUUUCUUCCUCAGCACUGUUUCAUCUAUCACCCGUUUAUUAAACCUAAAAGCUUACAGGCGAUGAAACUACAAUUUAAAGAAAAGUGUUUUAUGAUUUUCUUAUUACAUGAUUUUAUGUUUGAAUUUUGAAUGCUUAUUUAGUUUGGAAAUUGCCAUGCUAUUUUUUUGAAUGGUUUAGCAUACUAUUACAGUGUCACUUUAAGAAAUGAACUGCAGGAAGUCAUGUGAUUGUUCCCUAGCUUUUAAAUUUCCUGUGUUUUUUACUUUGCAGCAUCCGAUGAAGUCUUUCAUGACAUUCAGGAAGAAAGUGCUGCUUUGUUUUAUAAAAUAAAAGCGGUGUGUGUUUGCAGUGACCAGCAUGCAUCCGUGUAUCAUUUUAUAUUAACAAGUUAGCAAUUUAAAACAUGGUUGUCUGAAAAAAAUAGGUUUACCUUUACGUCGCUCACACUUCUUCGACCGGCCACUUAAUCGACUUAUUUAAGCGAACCAAAACCGCAAAAAAUUUUAAAUGUCGAAAAUAUGUUUAAUUUCAACAUUUCCGGCUGCGCCACACCUCCACUCCAGUGCUACCAUGGGUCAAAUAGGGUCGAGGUUUUGUCGUUCGCUUAUUCGGAAUUCGACAUUGGAGACGUUCGCACUUCGAUAUUCGCAGAAGCUGUUUCGUCCAUAUUGGGAUCGACGAUGUAAAGGUAAACCGAAAAAAUACCCUGAUUUUGAGUAGAAAUCACUAGGUUAUGCCGUUUAUUCCAUAUUUAGUAAAUUAUGUUUUUUUGGUAGAACAUAUUUUCAACUCUGCUUCAGCAGUGGGAGGGGUUUGGAAGAACAGCAUUCCGAUACACAGUUAGUUUUCUUUCUUAACAAUGUCACAUUUGUGCAUGGCAUGAACAGAGCCGGUUUGUCAGUGAAUUGUUAGCAGUACAGUCAAACUACUUUAAAUAUUAAGAGCUGUGUUAGCAAUGUUACAGGUUGGAGAGAGCAACAUGCAGGCAGUCUUUCAGGAUUUCAGUGAACUACAGAGAGCAACAGGCAGCAAUGUAGACGGAGAAGUAGAUACGUGAAAAUCUUUAUCUGAAUUCCUUCCACCCUUGUUUGCAUAUUGUGUGGUCAGCCAUUCACAGAUUUAAAUUUCUUGUAUGUCUGAGUUGCUCAUGCUGUAGAGUGCCUAAAAGCCUGGUGUAUAGUAGUAGAUUACCUGAAUAAAAUAACCAGAUAAAUUGUUGGCAAUGCCUACGGGGGGGGGGGGGGGGGGUUAAUAUUCAGGCAUUUUGUAGGUUUUCAGAUAAAAUUAGUUUACCGAUUUCACAGACAAUUGAGCAUUGGCACAGACCUGUGAAUUAGAAAAUAUUGGUGGUUUGUUUUAUUGCAGCAUUUUAGUUGCAUUACGGAGAUCAAGGCUUUUUAAUAGAUUACUUUUCUUGAAGAGUUCUAAGCAGUGAUAAGUGAGCCUCCACAGAUGUGCGUGCCAACUGCAUAUAUGUAAACCUUGAGAGUUAGUUUCAUCUUGUUCAACUCUUCUUUUGCCUUUUUAUACUAAGUAGGUCAGUGAUCGACAAGGAGUUUAACUUUAUUGUCUUGCUAACUCCCUGAUCUGUUUCCCUGUCAGUCUGUGCUAUUUUUCUGAUCUUUCUGAACUUUUGGCAAUGAGGUAAAUUAUAUAAGAUUUUGUUUAAUAAGGGAAUAUAAUUUUCCUCAUUUGUAGACAAAACUGCCUGUCUGAUGAGAAUACUUCAUGUAUAUUUGAUGCAAAGUAAAGAGCUGUAAAUUUUUCUUUCUCAAUAUUUAGCAUUAUUGAUUUAAUACAUUACUAAAUAAGUUUAAAUAGUACAGUCCAAGAAGGAUGGUUACCAUUCUUAGCAAACCUGUCUGCUAGGCUUGUAGCUUUGUUACUGCUGGACACUUUCAAUUUUAGUGGUCUCUCUCCUCUUGUUCUGUUAUAUGGAAGAGCACUGUGACCAUACCACAUGAUUUAUAAUAGUAGUCCGGGUAUGCACAUUUGUUCUGCUACAUUUAUACCUCAGGUAACUUAGCUCAGUCAAAAUAAAAUGUUAUGACUAUCUCAGAAUAUGGUGACUCUGGAUAGCAGUACAGUAAGAAGGUAGAACAUUUUAAGCUGCAUGGAGUACCCCUAGCCCUGAAAACAAUAUGCAGAAUGAUUCAUUAUUUUUGACUAGCAACUAUUUAUAAUUUCUUAAUGUCAGCCAGGCAAACCAGAAGAACAGCUGUGAAAUUUCCAUAAAAUAGACUCUUAUUGGAGGGUGGCCUUAUGGUUAAGGUGUUUACCAUAUAGACACAAGGAACAGGGUUUGAUUCUCUCCUUAGAGAAGUAGGGCAAAUCUUUAAAAGGCUCCCUGUGGUUGUUAGCCUAGUAAUUGCCUAUGAAGUAGAUCAUAGGACAUGCUAACGAGCAUAUACAUCAGCUCUUCCCACGGAACUGUCACCAGUACUGCUAUGACAUGCAAUUGCAUGGGUACCUUGCAUACUGUUGUGUGACUAGAAUAAAUUUAAUUAAUUUCAGCACUUUGUCUGCUUUCCAGUUUUGAUAAUGUUCAAAGUUCAGUUCUGCAGAAUGCACAUUGUCUACAGAAUGCAGUACUAGUGCUAUUGCAUUUUUAUUUUGCUUGAUGUUUGAACCAGUCCUUGUCUCUCUAUAACAAAGUUUAUACAGAAGAUGAACUUUGCAUCAUUUUGCAUUCUUAAGCCAGUGCUCUGAAACAUUUAUGUUUUUCCAGAGGAAAUGUACACAUCUCUCAUGAUGCCUUGAUACUAUUUAAAUAUAUUCUUCAAGCACUCAACAAGAAAAUAAAGAAGAAACAUCAUGGGGCUGGUUUACAGAUGCCAAGGAAGUAUAAAUUUUAGCUGCUUUCUUAACUGGUUAAUUGUAAAGAAUAAGGAGGGUAUCAAAAUAGAUGACUGUUUUACAGUUAAUGGGUAACAUGAGGGUUAAUACAGCUGGUAAGCUUGAUGAAAUUUUUGUCACAGUUUGAGAAUAGUCAAGUAACUGUCAUUACUGAUGAGGUAAACCUUUAGGUAUGGCAGUGUCUAGGUUUUGAAACUAUCAGCCAAGGUUUCUAUCAUCUCAGGACCUUUUCUCCAUAUUACUACCAUUAGCGCUAGUGUGAAGUAGUUACAAUGCAAGUAAACAAGAUACAGCAGUAGUUUUAGAUAAAUUGAUAACAUCGUAGAUAAUGUAAUCAAUUCAGUUUAUCCUUUAUAAAGAAAACUACGUAAAAUUAAUUUAUACAUUCAGCAUGGGUUUUCACAAAAUCUGUCAUAUGAACCUGUAAGUUGAAAAAAAAACAUUUUUAACUAUCUUCUGCUACUUUUGUGUUUUUAAGUUGAGUUGAACAUCUAUGCAGGACCAACUGUGUAUGAAAAAAAGUUGGUCAACAUUUUGUAACAAGAGAAAUCACCUUUUGCCUAAAGUGCUUGUAAUUGAUUAUAUUUGAGCAAAAGGGAGGGAUCUUGCUUCUUUACAGCAGAAGCAAAAUUUUGAUCAAAUGAUUUCUGUAUGAAUGUCCAAGACCCAUUUACAAGUCACCAAAUAGGAGAGGAGAAAAACAUUCUUCAGUUGACCAAAGAAUCAAAAGCAUCUCCCAUUGAAGUUUUGAUUCUUUUUAAUUCAAUAUUCUGAGAUCCAUAGCACAAAUUAGUGUUAGUGUUGGCCAUUUAUUUCUGAAGUUUGUCUCUGGUCUUCUACUAUGCAACAUUAAAGAGAUGCACAGCUCUCAGGGGGUGUUUCAGUAUAUUCAUCUCAAUUUCUUAGUGCAGUAAUUUGGUGCUAUAUGUAGGGGUCUUAGAUAAGUGGGUAAGCUUAUAGAUUAGCCUUAAUGCUGCAGAAGUUGUGAGGAGAGUGUGGGUUUUGUAGAGGUUCAUUAUAGCUAGCAGAAGUGGAACUUGAAAUCACGUGACUAGAUUUUUUUGAACAGUGCUAUUUUCCAUAGCAUUGCUUUUAUUUGUGACAUGUUCAGUCACAACCUACUGCAGGACAAAUUACAAAGGCAUAAUAAGUAUAAUAAAAAUACCAAUGCAUUCUCAACUUUAUAGAGCAUUUGUAUUCCACUUCAUUUCCAUCUUGAUGUAAUUGAGGUUGUGUUAAAGAGUUUGACUUUGAGUCAGUUGUCAGUGUAUAAUUCUUGCAUACAUUCAUACCUUUUGGUUUGUAUCAUAUUACAAAAUUGGGGAAAAAGCACAAUAGUUUUGCUUAAUUCAUAAUUAACAUUUUCAGUAGCUAGUAAUCCCAGGAUUUCUUCUUUUUCCCAAAUUUACGCAGCUCAGAGGAUUCUGUGUAUAUUUAUAAAAAAGGAUGCGAUUUGCUACCACCUUUAUUUGUAUCUAGGGAGUAAGCACACUCUUGUCUAGCAAAAUACUGCAUGCUUGAUCAUCGAAUGAAUAAUCUAAAACUUAAACUCUUAUUGUUCAUACGUGUUUAUUACUGUCUCACUGCUUCCUAUUGCUUUGAUGUCACACUCGGGUAUUAUCUGCGAGACUUUCAUAUUAGAGCUAAGCAACAUAAACAUAGUUGUGUGCGAUAGUGUUCCAUAAUAAAAGUUAUAUUGCAAGUAUUGUGUAAAGACGGGGCACAGUUAUUAAAAACCUCUGUGGGUAAUAUUUCUUCUAAUGAGUAUGGAAGGAAUUGCAAUUAGCUGCAAACAUUUUUAAAAAUCUCCCAGAAAUAAUGCAGCAUGCUUAUAAGAGCAAAUGCAUCUGGAACCAUAUUCAGUCAUCUCUACUUUUUGCCCAAAGACCUUGAAAUACAUUUGUUAAAAUGUUAGUCAUAAAUAUAAAUAAUAUCAGAAUGGAUGCAGAGUCUGACUGUGAAAAUAUCUCAGAGAGAACAAAAAAAUGUACAGGUUCAAAGUUUAUACUGUAGUAGUGAACAUAAUUGUUUUUACCAUGAUCUUUCAGAACUAGCUUAGAUUAGCAAUAUGGUAGUUGUCUUAGUCACAGAGUUUGGUGGUCUGUACAUUGAGGUGGUUGUUUUAGCAUGAGAAAACCCACAAAUAACUCAAUCAUGCAUUAAAUAGGAGUGAAUUUGUUUAAUCUUCCUGCCAUAGUGAUAGUGGAAAUAUGACAAAUGGUACAAGUUUUCUCAGUUUUCACUGACAACACUUGCAUAAGGAUACAUAUAUUUAGAGAGAGAACUUUUCAGUGUGUGUAGUAGAACAAGCAGGGGCUUUGCAACCAUUACUUUGUAACUUUGUGGCUGUAGUUUAUGUAAACACUUCAGUGGAGGAUUUAUUUAAAAAGUGCUUUUAAUUGAUAAGAUUAUACUUAAUAUGCAACUGACAUUUAUGCUGCAUCCUUACUUGUGUGCAGCCACAGCAGGUCACUUCCCAGGUAAAGCGGUGCACGCUGCACUUUAGAAACCUCAAAAAAAUAGGGGUCUUUUUCAUUGGAGUAGUUAAAUAUACAUCGAUACACACUCAGAAGGGGCUGUGUAUGAGUAUUUGUGUGUGUUCCCUAUACUUGAUACGGAAGGAAAGGUAAUGAAAACCGCAGUCACAUCCCGGACUGGGAUGCUACUAUCAUUUUCUUCAUUGCGGUUAGUUCUUCACUGCUGCUUAGAGGCAGAUAUCCUAAACUGGGUUUAUUUUUCUUGUUAGUAUGAUUUGCAUACACUUCUAGCAGUGUUUGCACUACUGGAGUAUGCAGUGAUCUCAAGUUCUUCUAGUAAAAUUUCUAAGUGCCCUUAUAUAAAUUAGCCUGAAGAGAUAUUGUUUGCCUGUUUUCUAGAGAGCGAGCAUAUCUUUCUGCAUGCAUUGCAGAAGAUGAUCUGAGAAGCUGGGGCUUUACUAACUGGCAUUAAGUGACAAGCUAUAAACCAACUUUUACAGAUAUUUCUAAUGCUUUCUGUCACGUACAGUAACUGCUUCAGGCAAGCAGAGGCUAUUCAGUUUAUUUAUGUCAAGAAGUGUAGACUACAACCCAAUAUUUUAUAGGAGGAUAUUUUCACUGCUUUCUUUUUGUACAGAAAAUACUUCAUUUGUAAACAAAGGUAUAAAGAGAACUAUUUUCUCUGUGUAAAUAUUGCAUAAAAAAACUUGCAUGUUUCUGUGGCAGUAGAAUUGCAGUACUUUCAACUGUCUUAUUAAGAGAGAUUCUUUAAAGGUUUUGUGUAGAAUUUAUUUUUGAUAACCAAGAAGAGUUGUAACAUUAUGUGCAUACAAAUGCAGCCCAAUGCCAGAAAAGGACUUCCUGCCUAAUUAUACCACUAUAAAUCUGCGUUGUGAUGUUUACAAAAAGCAAAAACAAAAAAACUUCAUAAUCCAUUUAUUCCAUUUGAAACUUUAAAUACCUUGCAUCUGCUACAUAUUUCCUCAAACAUCCUAUUAUCUGUUAGAUGAGCCGUUGUACUCCUGGAGCCCUGAAAACUAUGUUCUAGUUACCCAUUUAUUUUGAUAGUGGAUUUUUUUCCCCAGAAGUAAUGGUUACAUACCUUGUAUUACCUUUGUUGUUGGAGUUCACUGAUAGCAUGCAUCCUUCAUUUCCUGUGUAUUAGAAGAGUGUGUAUAACAAUCCUUUGUAAUUUUUGUAUUUUUAAUCCCGUUGGGAAGGGAAAUGUGCACCAAGGAUUGACUGUUUUAAACUACAGAAUUGUCACAGUAUACAAGCAUGUGCAGAACUGUUUUUGUGUUACUUUUCAUUGUCGUUCAGCCGGCUUCAUCACAAUAAUAUUGUCUGGUUGUAAGAAAAUAAGCAUUUCUCCUGAUUGUAGUUUGCUGCUUAAGAAAUAAUACAGAACACUGUGUUAUUUUACAUAUAUACCGCACAGUAGCAAGCGCAGUUCACUGUAAUGUAAAGGUAUUGGUUGCAGUGUACUGAAGUCCCAGAAGGCUUUACUGUAUACUAAUACAACAUUAUCACAACUACCCCAUGCACCAUUCAGGGUACACAUCCUCACCUGCAAAUAGAAUAAAUAGUUGUGGUAAUAAAGCCAAUACAGCUGUAAUGGGUCAGUAAGGGACUGACGGCUUACUUAUUGUACUCCACUUAACUCAUGGCUGUCUUUGGGGAAUACCUACCCUGCUGUAAAUUCUUACUUACCAAGGUUUAAAUAUAUGGCAUAGUGGGGUUUCUUGUGCUUUGGCAUUUUGGAGGAUGGCGGUGAUGGUGCUGCUACCAAAGGCAAGGAGCUGUAAAAUACAAGACAUUAACUCCCCCUUACACAAGUUUCACAGCUCCUGGUUGCAGCAAUAUACAGGUCAAAGCUGUGUGAUACAGAUGGUUUUUUAUUUUUUUAUCUAAAAGUUAAAAGGAAAAUGAGGAAUAAAUAAAUAUUAGAAUUAAACAUAAAUGUGUUAGCUGACUAGAAAUACACACUGAGGAUAAAGCUGAUGCAAAAUGUAGAACAUGAUAUAGAUUUAUUAAGGAUACCCAUUUUCCAUAUUUUUUGGGAAAAUAUCAGUAAAUUUCAGAAUCAUGAUUGUCUGCAUGUGAGAAAACACAACAUUUCAUGAAAUUUCAACAUUUUAAACCAGAACACUCAUAUGUAUUACAUUAUUCAGUGUUUUGUGCUUAAACUGUUUUUUUUUUCUAUAAUAAAAAUGAUGGUGGCCAGAAAUCAAAGUUGAGCAUUCAGUGGUAUAAUUGCCAAAAUUUCAGCUCAUAAAAUGGAAUUUUAUUUUUUAAAAACUGUAAGUCAGUGAUGUUGGGAAUUACAAAUUGUGUAUUUUGGUCAGCACUGUAGUUAAAGGUGUAGAUUGUCUUUGUAAAGAUGAUCAUGGCAGUUUUCAUAACUCUCUAGUACACCUCUUACUUUGAUGAUUGACUUCAUGAUGCUGAAGAAUGUGACCUGGUUAGCAAUGUUUUAAUGUAUAGUGAAAAUAUGCACAUUUAACUUCAUGCUAAACUUUUCUCUUUCUGCAUGGUUUACUGCAGCUAACAGUUAGUUUACUUUUUCUAAUCCAAAAGAAUAUGUUGUAAGGAAAAUUUCUUUACUGGAUGUUGAUUCCUUGCUGCAUGUUCAUAUUUUGAAAUAUUUCCGUUGACUAGCACUAAACUGGCAUUUUAAUAUAUUGUAUUGCCAUCACUUGUACGGGCAAGAUUGUUUAAAAAUGUUCAGCUGCAAAUGUAAUCGUUUCAUCUGUUAAACAGCAAUUAAGAGUUUCCUUUUGUCAUAAAGAAUGCAUUCCUAUUGUGAUAGGUUUCUGAAAUGUUGUUACAAUAAUAUACUGACACACUUUUAUUGCUAUACAUGUAGAAGCUUGAUUGCCAUUUGAGCACUUUAGACCAACAGAUGCUGCUUUCUUUGCACAGAAACUUGUGGAAUCAGUUAAGAACGUUUCAGUAAGGAAAUAUUUACCAGUUUUAAAGCACGGACUAUGUUCUGUGUAGAUCGUCUGUAAGUCUAAUUGUAAUCCAUUGAUCCUUUCACAAGGCCCAAAGUAAUUGUAAUUCUUGAGAGUGAAAAAGAUUGAAGAGUUACUAACCAGAAGCACACAAAAUUUUGUAACUGUUUUUGAGUCAGAUUUGCUGAGAAUCGCUGAUUUUCAUUUGUCAUUCAAGUGCACCUCCUGUUUUAAAGAUAUGCAACCUUGGCUGCUGUUGAAACAAGCCUUAUAAAUGGGUUUCCGAAAGUGACUAGCAGCAGAUUUACAAAUGACAUUUAUUGGACUUGUGUUUUAUUUUUGUACAGACUUUGUGGGUUCCUGCUUCCAUGUAAUGUUAUUCUUGGGCUUGCACUUUAUUACUGAUUUAAAAGUAACAAAACAGUCCUAAAAAUCAAAUUGCUUGGAGAUCAGUACAUCUGCAAUAUUCUCUUGGUACAGCAGCAUUUAACUAAAACUCCGCAUGAAGAAACAAUAGACCCGAUUUGUAAUCUGUGUUGAAAAGCAGUAAGGCACUUUUGGAUGUUUAUGGUGGAUGAGGACACUUGAUAGUUAAGGGUAUUCUUUGCCCUUUGCGUCACAGUCAAGGUAUGACAGUGCAGUGCCUGUGCAGAUGUGCUAUUGUUAGCAUCGAUAUUUUAUAGUUUAUGAAUUCCUUUAGUGUUAAAUAGACUGUUGGACCAAACUCUGUGCACCUAAUAUCUUAAAGAUGUCAAUCUUAGAAGAGUCCAAACCACCAUAGGAAUGCUGCCUUACUAUUUGCUUCUUACCCAGACUGAAAUGAAACUAGUACUUUUGCCUUACUUUACUUAUUACUUGGAUAGUAAAAAAAUGGUACUUGUUGCCUUACCUGUAGUCUAGUAAUUUAAGAAUAAAAUAAUUUCUCACAAGAUCA